AUGACCGCGGCGGCGGGGGUACCGCCGGCGGGCGCCGCGCGCAUCGUGCGGGUGGAGGAGCGAGCGCGGUUUCGAUGCGCGAGGUGCGGAGAGACGUUCGCGGACGCGAGCUCGCUGGUAUCGCACAAGGUGUGGCAUCGCAAGCGCGACGCAUCGAACGCGCCCGUCGAGGAGGAACAUCAUCGCGACGGCGGGGUGACGGGCGCGCGCGGCGGCCCAACGCGCGGCCACCCGUCCGGGGUCCGGCGCGGGAACGACGUCGCCGGCGCGCUGACCCACGCCCAGCGCGACCUCCUCCGCGAAGGGGAACAGCUCAUGCGCCGGCUGGACACCGUGCGCGCGUCCACCUCCUUCUCCUCCCCGAGUUCGUCCUCGUCCAUGGGGCGACUCCACGCGACGUCGAGAACCUCGCUCGCGCAGAGGCUGCGCGCGGAGAAGGAGGAGCGCGCGAGGCGCGACGGCAUCAUCGGGUGGACGUCCCCGACGCGCUCCCCGACGCGCGAGCCGCGGCAGCAGCAGCCGGGAACGCGUCCAAGCGCCGGAGGCUUCGACGAAGAAAAGAGCCACGAAAAGGGCGAAGACGACAAAGCGUUAGAAACCGUCGCGCCGCCGCGGCGUCCCGUCGCGCCGAGGUACGGGUCGGAGGUUCCCGACGAGCCGGCCGCGCGUCCCAUCCGGGGGUCUUCGCCGCACGAGGCUGAGACGAUCCGAUACCGAGACGACGACGACGACGACGACGCGUCACCAUCCUCCGCAUCCUCGUCAACCGCGUCCUUUGAUUCGACCAUAGACGCGGCGUCGGCGGAAGGGACGGCGCCGUCGGCCGACGACGGCUCGCUCUUCCGUCCCGCGUGCGCCCCCAUCGCGCUGCGAAAGGCGCCGGGGCAGAUCAGGCGGGAGGAAGCCGCCGCGAGACGGGAAGCCGCGCGAGCCGCCGCGAGGGACGCCAAAACCAAACAAAGGUUGGAAAACCAAAACCAAAACCAAAACGGCGAGGCGAGGCCAGGCACCCGCGAAGACGCCGUUCGACCGACGCAACCGUCGCUACCCCGGUGGCAGGGCGGGACGGUGAUCCGGCGAGAUAGGACGGGAGGCGGCGGCGGCGGCGGUGGGAUUCGAUCCGGCGACCUCACGAAGGGCGACGACGGCAAAGAGACGGAGGACGAUCCGAGGUUGAACGAUCCGAGGUGGGGCGAUCCGGGUGGUCGGCUUCUGGACCGCGCGAGGGCCGCCGCGGUGAAGAUCGCGACGCGGGAGCUGGCGCGGGAGGCGAAGCGCCUCGCGCUUAAGGAGAAGGGUGCCAUCGAUCCCGUCGGGGCGCGGAAAGGAGGGAGGGAUCGGGCGACGGCGGAGGGUGGUGAGUCACCGGUUGCGAUUUUUGACGAGUCGGGCGACGACUCGACGGACGAGGCGCGCGGGUCGGGGGUUGGUGAUUUUUUGGCGCGAUACCGCGCUUUGGUGCGGGAGAGGGACGUUGGCGUCCUGCGCGAGCGCGAGGAGCGCGAGGCGAGGGCGCGCGAGGAGGAGGAGUGGAGGAGUAGCCGCAGCGACGAGGAGGACGAGGACGAGGACGAGGGGGAAGGAGGCCGGGACGGGCGCGCUCUCAGGGCCGUCGCUUCGAACGAGGAGGACGAGUCGUUCGUCGAGGAGCUCACACCGGAGGAGGAGGACGAGCUCGCGGAGUUUGAGAGGCUCGAGAGGCAGGUGGCCGCGGAAGUCGGGGCGGCGUAG